CUAUUGAUGAGAGCUUUGAAAAAAUGCGGAGAAGGUUUAAACAUUGGGACAUAGUGACACAGAGCUAGUUGUACAAACUCACACACAACAAUGGAGAAAUACCUUGAGUUUGACAUCCCCUCCCUAGACAACAUGCUGGCUGCAUGCAGGGAUUUUAAGGAACGUCAGAACAUUAGGGGUGCUCUAAGGGAACUGAAAGGGAUUCCACUAGAUGGGAACCCAAUUGUUGUAAGAUCCUUUAAAGGGAAAUCUAGGGAGCUUGGGAACCAGAACCCACCAACUGUUCAGGAGCCUGUGAAAAUAAUCACUCCCCAAAAAAGAUCUCAACUCCGGGUUGGGGUUCUGGAUGCUGUAGAAGAUAGGGAUUAUCGAUUAAACAAAUAUUUCGAAACAAAGUCAACUGCCUAUGUCUGUGAUACUUACAGAUUAACGGAUAUUGAUAUUCAGGGAUUAGUCAAAUAUGAAAUCAAUGGUAGUGCUGAUAACACUGGUGAUAAUAAACUUGACACUGAUGAAAAUGCAAAUGUGACAAACGAAAGUAUAGAAGGAAAGAAGGCCAGCUUCAGGAGUUAUCUAUAUGCUGGAAGGCUGAGUUCACCUAAGGAGUCUCCAAGACCAAGAAAAGACGAAACAUUUCGAGCUCAGAAAGUUAAUAUAACAAGAGUUAAAGUUAUUGACAAAUCUGACUUGCAGGAUAAAAGCAUUGGUACUGAUCAGAACUUUUCAAAUUUAUCAAAAAGUGAUAAUGAAAAUGAUGAGAAAGUGAUUGAAAGAGAACUCAGGGAUGCAGUGAAUGUGAUCACUCCAACAAAAUGGAAAUUAAAAAACGAGUCUAAAAAAGUAUAUGCGACAAACAGCAAAGAAUCUUUGAAUGACAUUGCGGUGUCAGUGUCAAAUGAAAGCUGCUGUAUACAAAAGGAAUCUAAAUCUUUAUCUGUGGUAUGUGAGCUUGAUUCUCAGGAAAGAUGUGCAAUUAAUUGUGAUAAACCAGUUUUCCAUUCUUCAUUGUCAACAAGGCAGUCACAGGUGUUUGAUAAAGGUAAAUGCACUGAAAGGAAAGCAAAUACACAAAACCAAAAUAAAACUGAAAAAAUAAGUAAGAUCAUUAAUGACAAAACUUCUAAUACAUCUAGUCCAAGGAGGGAGCAUUUGUCAAAAUCUGAGUCAUUAAGUUUAAGGUCAUCCACUCUAAAGAAGCCUAGAAAAAUAGUUAGUUAUCGAACAUCUGCAUUUACAUCACCUUCAAAAUUAAAUCCCAUCAGUUCAACUGUGUCAAGAGCCCGAUUGCACAGUGCACCACCCAUUGUUCAUAAGGAAGAAACUUCAGGGAAUACAGAACUUCAGCAGUUGGAGACAUAUUGUGAUGAAAUGAGAGAAAACCAGAGUUUUAUUGCUACAGUGGUAAUUAUAAAGGAUGAAACAAUGGAAGAGUCUGAGAUCAAUAAUAAUAAACUGGAUAAAGAUUUUGAUGAUGUGUUCAAGACCACAGUUGAAAAUGGCAAUAAUAAUCCUCGAAGAAAGAUUGGUUUAUCAAGAAAAAAUCGUGUUGAUUCUGAUGAACAUAAACAUUACAAGAAGUUUCGACGAAAGAGAAAGGAAAAUGAAGAAAAGGAAACAGAAAAUUAUCCCAAAUUAGUAACAGUUAUAAAUGCAAAAAAUUCUAUAUAUGAACAAAGUGCAAAAAAGGUCUCAAAACCUGGAACUCCUCGUAGGAAGCUGCCUGAAAUACCAAUAAAAAAUGUAAGCGAUUGUGAAGAUGAUGAAACAAUUCAUCAGCGGACGAUACAAUUGCUUCAAGAGCGGAGACGAGAAAGAGUGGAGAAAUUACACAUAGAAAAGGUAAAUAUUGACACAGGAAAAACUGAAAAAAGCAGAAUGACACCUGAGGAUCUAAAGAAAACCCUGGAACAAAAAUUAAAAAGGUCAGAUUCAAAGAAAAAGGCUAUUCGUGCCAGAAGAGAGUUACAAUUACUCAAGAUAGAGAACAAGAGCAAAAGUGAAAAUCUUCAUAGGUCCAUAAGUGAAUGUGAGAGAAGUAGUUUGAGUGAUGCUGUAGAUGGACCAGACAAUAAUGAAAUUGUCGCAAUCCUAAAACAAUCUGAAAAGGAACAUAAAACUCAGAGUAGAGCUGGUCCAAAAACAAUUCACAGAUCGAAGUUGGAGAAUGUCCAACAUCCUAGAGCAUUCAGUGAGACAGAUGCUAUGUUUGUAAGUGUUACUCAUGACACUGCUGAGUGUAGACCUGACACAAAGGUUGCAGAGCUUCUGGCUGCCCCAGAUCCUCAGACGCCUCUGGAGAGAAUCAAUCUGAUCGGCAGUCUAAUGCAGGAAGAGGAGAGAUUGCAAAAUCUGUUGCGGAAAAGCUCGAAUUUCAGUGAAAAAAGGCAAAUGAGGGCAGAUGUGAGACAGCUCAGAGAACGAAGGACAGCGUUGGAAGGUGGUUUUGGAAGUGAAUCGCGCCGACAGCUUCCAAGACGAUCAGUGUCAGUCACCGAGAGCCAUGGCGACCCAUCAAACAGGGAAAAUGGCCCGGAUUGCCUAGCAGUACCAGUCCAAGAGAAGCAGACCAUAGAACAUCUUCGGAGACAGUUGAGCGAGACCCAAGAUUAUGAUGAGAAGAAGAAGAUACGACUGGCCUUGAGGCAGCUGAGACAACACAACAGAGAUGGUGCUGUAGGCACGAAUGGUUUACAGAGAAGUCAGAGCUUUGUUCUACCAAAAUCUUCAGAAACAGUCGAUAUUGGUGAUACGCAGCCCAGCAGUCUCAACGUGACACGCAGUCAGAGUGUCACAGACAAGCAUAAACCAAGCAAGGAAAACAAACAGACCUCAGGAGAAGACAAGCUUCAUGCAUCAAGUGUUACCAAUGGAUACUUGCUUGAAACGCAUUCAGAGAAAACAAAACAUUCUCAACACAGUUCAUCUGAAGACUUAAAGCCCCCCAUACCAAAAUCUGUUCAUAAGAAAUCAAUUUCAAUAUCGAAUUUUGAUGCUGACAAAGGACAGUCUGAAUUAAAGCAUAAACAAUCUGAGACACCUAAAAGAAUCGCUGCCAGGAAAAGUGUCGAGGAUAAUCUAAACUCAAUAGAAACAUCGGAACUAAAGAACAAUAGAAAAAGCAGUUAUUAUGAAAAAGAACAAACUGUUAAAACAGAAUUGAAUUCUGCUGAUCUGAAAGAUAAUAAUAGUGGUGUUAUUCUGAAUGGUUCCAAUAAAGGAAGAUCUUUUGAACUCUUUAAAGAUACAGUGACAAAACUUGAAGAUCAGAAAAAGAAUCGGGUAAAGGACCGUUGUGAGAUAUUUGAAAAUGCCAGUUAUGUAGAGAAACAAAGCAAUGCUAUAGACCACAUUGAACGAUCAAGGGGUAGAACACCCAAUGUGUUAGUUUCUAGGACUGAUAUUGAGAAAACAAAGCAAGACAAGCUAGUUAGUGUUCGAAGGAUUCGCAGCUUGUCAGAAGAGCCUAGAGGUCCUAAGGACAGACAGUGUGACCAAAAACGUGAUGUGGUCAAAGAAACUCAUGAAAGGUCUUUAAAGAAAUUCUUCAAAGCAAAUUUGGAAAAUGAAACUCACGUAAAACUCAACAAUUAUACAAAACCUGUUAGAACUGAAACUACAGAAGAUCUGUCAGAAAAAGAGAAACACUUUAAAAACAAAUCAAGCAAGGACAUUGAUAAAGUUGUUGCUGCUCAUAUUGAGAAAAAAGUUGAGGCGAAUGUGCUAUCAAGCAGCAGUCAUGAAAUUGACAAGAUUUUGAGCCCAAGCCUACAGUGGUUAGAAGAGAAAAGGAAAUCCCUUACCACCCAAAGUGAUGUUGACAAACUGAUGUCCACUAUGGAUUUGGAGCAAGCCUUUUCGAAAAUAUUAGAAGACAUUCCAGAUGACAAAUCUGUAAAGGAAUGCCCUAUGACUGCAGAUAUUCCUAUUUUGGAAGAAGAAGGCAGUGAAACUAACAGUAUGGAAGAGGAUAUGAACAGAAAUAGGAAAAACAUUCCCAGUUUUGAGUGUGGUCAAAGUGACAAUAGUGCAGAGGUUGAAAAUAUUACAACUGGCCUGGACCACUCCAGAGGUGAAAAACAUUCUUCAGUUACCGGUGCUAAUGGUGUGAUAUUGAAAGAAGACUCUGAGCCAAAUGCAUCAGGUGAACUUGAGCAGACUCCUAUCAGGAAUAGGGAUGCACAAAAACAGACUGAACAUCAUGUGACUGCUAACAGUCAGCUGACCAUGGCGAUGCAGGUGAACAGCCAUUCGGAUGGUGCAGUUUCUGUGAUACAUGGGGAAGAUGGAACAAUCACAGUUCAGGAAGUGACCAAGUUUGAAGAAGGCGACACAACCGUUACCGAAUAUACACGUGUGCGGAGGACCAAGAGUAAAACUGAGACCCGUGAAAAGGACAAAGUCGUUGAACGGAAGGUCACUUCACCUAGUGGCAGUUCUUUAGUGUAUGAAAAGGAUAUUUCAAAAUCAAGAAAAAAGCUGACUGCCAGAGGUUCAGAAUAUUUCAAUAGGAAUACUAUUAACAUAAAGAAGACACGUGAUUUGGAAGGAACAGAAAUAUACGAGCAUGAGCUUAGUUCGUUCUCUGAAAAUGUUUCUGUUUCCAAGAACGAGUCUUGGGGAGAGAAAAUGGAGGCUCAGUUAACAUUAAAUCGGGAAUUGUCAAGCGUAGUGCCCCAGUUGUGCUUGCCUGAAGAAGUCAUCAAACAUACAAAGGAUGCUAUUGUUGAUGACCCACAGGUGGCACGGUCAAGUCAUGUCCAAUCACACCUAGGCAGGCCAUAUGGUUGCCCAGAAAUUGCAUCCUCUUUGAAAGAAGUGACGGUAAUGGAAGGAAGUGCAGUAACUCUGGAGUGCUGUGUCGUUGCCUCCCCUGCUCCAACUGUCAGCUGGUACAAGGGAGAUAAUCUUGUCACAGAUAAAGAUGGGGUUGACCUCCAGUUUAACAGUAGUAAUGGGAAGGCCACCUUGGUUCUGAAGUAUGCCACUGUUGCAAACUCAGGCCUCUACAAGUGUCUGUUCCAGAACACAUUGGGUUCUGCAUCAUCCCAGUGUCAUCUACAUAUUCAAAAAAAAGUCAUGGACAUGCCAUCCUUCAUCACCACACUAUCUGACGCGAGUGUUCGUGAAGGGCAGUCCCUCUGUUUGGAAUGUGAUGUUGCCAACACAGACACGGUCACAUGGUUCAAGGAUGGCAAAGUGCUGAGAAACGAUGCAGACUUCAAACAGACUUUCGUAGAAGGAAAAGCAAAGCUUGAGAUUAUUGAGGUUUUCAUUGAUGACUUUGGAACAUAUUCAUGUCUUUUGAAAAAUGCAAAUGGUGAACACAAAUCCUCAUGCCAAGUAACUGUUAAAGAGUGCAAGUCACAGGACGAUGUUUUCCCAGUGUUUCUGAAAAAACCAGAAACUCAAAUUGCUGAUGAGCGGGAAACUGUCAUAUUUGAAUGUGAGGUCAUAGGGUCACCAAAGCCUGAGAUCAGCUGGUUCUCCAACAAGGUCAAGGUCACUGAAGGCACUCGUCACAGGAUGUCGUACGAUGGUCGUGUGGCCAUGCUGGUCAUUAGAAAGGUUACACUAGAGGAGAAGGGGAAGAUUGAAUGCCUGGCUGAAAAUACCUCGGGGAGAAUUGCUGCCGAGUGUAUGCUUGUUGUUCAAGCUAUUCCUUCCAUUCCCUGUGUUACCAUGCCUCUGACCGACCUUGAAACCAUUGAAGGAAGUGAUGUCACUCUAGAGUGUGGUGUCCAAGGGGAGCCAACUCCAGAGAUCACUUGGCGUAAGAAUGGCCUUCUGAUUGGUCCAAUGUUGGAUUUCAAGCAGACAUACCAAGAUGGGAUGGCACAACUGGUGAUCAGCAAGAGCUGUGUGAAGGACUGCGGGCAAUAUGAGUGUGUGGCUGCCAACCAGAAAGGGGAGGCUACCACCUUCUGUCAGCUCACCGUAUCUGCAAAAGUUGCUCCAAAAGAAGAUACACUUAGUAAACUAGCCAAGUUAACCCCAAAACCUACUGAACCAAUGUGUGAACCUCCUCAUAAAGAUAUUGGUGCUGAAAAGAAACAGACUGAUGCUGCUACCAGCAAAGUCCGUUUAUCUGAAUAUAACACUGUUAGAACUGAACAGUCUAAAUCUGAACUAAGCAAUAGUAAAUUACACGAUGAAACAGUUCAGAGAGUGACAAGCCGAAAUACGAACAAAAGUGUGAAUAAUGAUGAUAUUAGGAAAAAUUAUGAAGCUAAACCUGUGACCUCAGCAGACAUUCUACAGCAGCAAUCAGCAGAGAAAGUUUUAAUGAAUAAAUCUAAAACAUCUGAGAGCUCAGAACUUGACAAAAAUAAAGUCCCCGUGACAGUGUCUGUUCAGCAAACUGUAGGGUAUAAAGCAAAGGUUUCUGAAGAUACAAUUCAACAGGCUCAAGUGGAACAAUUCUCAGGCAAGUUUGUGCCAAAGGUAAGUGAAGAAACACAACAAAAGGCCAGAUCUCAAUCAUCCAGGGUGAUGCUUGUUCGCCAAGGAAGUUUGAGAAUUUUGGGAAAAUCAAAGAAUUCAGAUGCCUCACUGCGACGCUCUGGGAGUUUACAGUCCAUAAACAUGCCAAAACAGAGCCCUGAAGAAAUUAUGAAUAAGAAGACAACACAGAAGGACAAUGAACCUGAAAAGAAGAUGACAAUUGAUGCUUAUACUGCAAAAGACAAUACUAACAUUGCAGAGAAGGCAUGUAGUAAGACUAGUGAGCAGGAGGUUACUACUGCAAAAGACAAUACUAAUAUUGCAGAGAAGGCAGGUAGUAAGACUAGUGAGCAGGAGGUUACUACUGCAAAAGACAAUACUUACAUUGCAGAGAAGGCAGGUAGAAAGACUAGUGAGCAGGAGGUUACUACUGCAAAAGACAAUACUUACAUUGCAGGGAAGGCAGGUAGUAAGACUAGUGAGCAGGAGGUUACUACUGCAAAAGACAAUACUAACAUUGCAGAGAAGGCAGGUAGAAAGACUAGUGAGCAGGUUAAUGCUGAUGAAAUUGCAAACACAAUUUUAAAACAGGACCAAAACUUUGCUAAAAGUAAGGAAAAAAGUUCAUCAGAAACUGCUCAGACUGGCACAGAUUUUAAAGCAGGAGAAUCUUUAGAGUUAGGAAAGCCAAAAGCUGUAUUGAAAUUUAAAAGUAAUGAAAUUCGCCGUACUCAAAGUGUCAAAACUCCUGGAAGUGAGAAGCCUGAAUGGCUGCAGUUAAAACUCAGGAAAGUUGGCAUUAACCAGACAACAUUUAUCCCUCCAGUUCCUCCAGUUACCUCAAAGGCAGAGCUGCAGGAAGCUUCUGCUGCUGAAGACAAUACCCAACCCUCAUCUUGCAAUGUUCCUAUCAAUACCCCUUUAAGAAGUGUUCAUAACGAUAUUAAGCUAGAACAGAGCAACAGUGCUGGCAUAGCAAACAUUGAUCACAAAUCCCCAAAUGCUCUGAAAGAUACUACUAACUCGCCAGUGUUGAAUCCAAAGAAAGAUUCUACACAAUCGCCAGUGUUUAACCCAAAGAAAGAUUCUGGAAAACUUACACCUGUAUCUGAGCGAGCCAAAUUAUUUCUUAGUGAAAAAACUACAAACAUGUCGGGCAGGCAAAGUCCUUCAGAUAUAAUUGCCAAAGCAAUUACUUUGAGCCGGCAUGAGAGCAUGAGAACACCAGUGAGCUCCCUGAAGAUGGGAAUCCAGCGAAGCGGCUCCUUCCGUACCAGCAUGCAGAGCAGUGACAAGACAGGGGAUGUAACUCUUGAUCUCUCUCCUCAACAUUCCCAGGGCGAGGGAGACAGUUCCGGCUCAGAGAAGGCCCCCCAGCAUCAGAAGGCAGCCCCCAUCAAGUACUGGGACCCCACAGCCCCUAGCCAGGCAGCAAUGGACUACAACAGGAUCACAGAUGAGGAGGAGCUUAACAAACUGCUCAGCAAUUCUGACAAUUUUGAUGAGCGGAAGAAAAUCCGUGCUCGUAUCAAGGAUGUGCGUGAACAGCACCAGAAGGAAUGGGAGGCGAAGCGUGAGUCCCGCCAGAAGGAGGCCCAGGACCUGAUCAAGGAGAAGCACCGUCAGGCCGACCUCGACAAGCAGCGCAAGCUGGACGCCUUCCAGAAACAGGCCGCCACCCACCACGAGGCCAAGCACCUUGACAUGGCAGAACAACACCUGAGAGAAAAGCAUCGCCUUGCCGACGAGGAGAAGAAGAAGCGUAUGGAAGAGUACCAGUCUCGCGAGGCCGUGCACAAGGACUCCAAGCACCUGGAGGUCUCUGAGAAAGUGUUUCAGGAGCGUAUCAAGCAGGCGGACAUCUUGAAACAGAAGACUCUUGAAGGGUAUGACCGCGCUGCAGGAAAAGACAUCUCGCAGACGUCCACAUCCAAAACAGAGACAUCUUCAGAUGGUAGAACAACAACUACAACAAGGCGUCUUGAGACAGUUACUAAAGUAGGCGGAGCUAAUAAGCCAGCAGAGGAAAUAGCGCCUCAGUUGGCCCAGCAAAUAAUAAACGCGACCUCAGGAAGUGUAAGCGGCGUCUUGAAGGUGAAAACCGAGUUGUGGAGCAGUAAAGACGGCGUAACUCACACUUCUGAGAAAACCGAGUCUUGGGGAGGAAAAGGUGCCAUGAACGCUUUUAAGCAAAUGGAUGCCAAAAACAACCCUACCAACCCACUUAUAGCUUACACAUUAGCUAAGAAGGCUGCAACCACUAUGAGACGCAAUGCGGUUACAAUUAAACAGGAUAUCUUGCGUUUCUGUCAAAUGAACACUGCGGAGUAUGAGACCAUUGCGAUUGAAAACUUCUCCUCGUCAUGGAACAAUGGGCUAGCAUUCUGUGCUCUGAUCCAUCAUUUCUACCCAGAGUCCUUUGACUUCAAGUCUCUCGACCCAAAACAGAGGAGAAAGAACUUUGAACUUGCCUUUGACACCGCAGAGAAGUAUGCAGACAUUGCACCUCUAUUGGAUGUUGAGGACAUGAUUCGCAUGGAGAAACCUGACUGGAAGUGCGUGUUCACCUAUGUACAGAGUUUCUACCGCAAAUUGCACGACCACGAGAUGAACAAGGCCAAGUGAAACUAGUGCUUUUUAUAGUAACAUCUACAAGACAAUGUGCUUUCUUAACUACCGGUACUGCAAUUACCUUUCUUUAAUCUCUAGAAACGCUAACUAGUUCAAUACAUAUCAUGAAACUUUGGAGUACUUUUUUCAACUAUCAUUACGUUCUCUUUAAUUCUGAGUCAUUCUUGUAGGGAUUCUACAUAAUGAUUAUUUAGUCCUUAAAUAACUCAUAAACUUAGAAUUGUUUAUAAAUAUCUUCUCUUUUUUUCUAUACUAACCUGCCUCUUUCUCGUGUCUGGUGUCCGUCUUCAAACUGCCACAUAUAAUGGAAGUUCAAUAUGCACAAAUGUAUUGCAGCUACUUGGUUUGCAACAUGUUCUUUAUAAUGGUGCUCUUUUUCACGUUGUCUGAUCCCAGUUAACCUACAUAAAUAUGUUUCUUUUAUUUUUAUUUUAUGUACAUGUAUUUUCUUUUCAAAUAUAACAUUAUAUUUGCUUAAAUUGAUGUAUUCACAGGAGACUUGGUACAAAUAUUUGUGCUUUUCAGUUCUGAAAUGCCAACAUAUUGUUGUCCGUUAAAGAUUAUGAAUAUACUUUUAUCUUUUCGCUUAUUGCAAUCAUCGACUUUUGGGCCAGUUAUGUAGUAAUGAUUUGAUUUUGUUUGACUGUUCUCGUGAGGAAUAAUCAUGCAAUAUCUAUUUGUUCUUACGAUAUUACGUCUUUUAUAGUCAUUACAUGUUGAUAUUUACAUUAACACGUAUACUCAUAGCAUAUUUGCAUCAUUAACUUGUAUGCAUAAUUUCUUCAGAAGUUGGAUAUUCUGUUUAGUAUGCAGUAUGGGAAAAAGUUAAAUGCAGCAAAUUACCAAGCAGUUAUAGUAAGUGUAGUUAUACAGAGUAAGAAAAUACUAAAGAAACCAUGUCAUGCAAACCUGGGUCUUUUGCCUAAUGCAGCCAGCGUAGCUCCAGACCAUGCAGCAAGUGGAUUCAAGCAACCUGUCAGGAGCUACCCAGUCUGCUUUAAUGCCACACAAAGUUUUAUUGUCUGAUUUGUGAACGGAGUAGCUCCUGACCUAACGGUGCAAAUUCACUUGCUGGUCUGUAGCUACUCUUGCUGCAUGUGGCUCACUGGCUGGUCUGUAGCUACUCUUGCUGCAUGUGGCUCACUCGCUGGUCUGUAGCUACUCUUGCUGCAUGUGGCUCACUCGCUGGUCUGUAGCUACUCUUGCUGCAUGUGGCGAAGACCCAUUUUGCAUUAUGCGGCACCUAUGAUCUUAAACAAUGCUUUGUAAAGUUUUUCAACACAGAGACUAGAGAUUAUUUUGCUGUAUUAUGUUAGCAAUACAGUUGAGUAUGAAUGCUUCCACAAGAUUGUCUGGUUCCAACUUUGAUGCGAUUACUGCGUAUUAAAAUAUAGUUGUGCUGGGAGAGUUUAUAUUGAUGUUGCUAGUGUUUGUUGUGAGAUAUUCAGUUGCACAAAAACUCUGUUGGUCUAAGGGUCUUGUAAAGCUGCAUUUUAUAAGGAUUUUGGUGUUAAAAAGGAUUUAUGUUUAGCUGCAUUCCAUUUAAUGCCUUUAAAUUUUCAAAGUUAACAAUCAAUAUUAUGAUGACUAACAUAUUUUAAACAUUUUUGAAUGUAUUUUUUGGAACAUUAUUUCUGCUUUUAUUGUAUUUGAGUUGUGAUUUGUUUGGACAAAAAAUGCUUUUUUAAUAUUGUGUUCAAGAAUGCAUUUAAUAUAUGCUUUUAUAAAACUGUUUUAAACAGUUAAAUGAAACAUAAUAAACUAUUUUAAUGUCUUUUCAUUUAUCUUGUUUUUAUACAUUUUUUUUUUUUGAAAUCUUUAUCCUGUUAGGCACGCUAUACAAUUUUUUUUUCUGAUUUUAAUAUUCAUGUUUACAUAUAAGAAGUGUAUGCUUACAAAAAAUAUUUUACCAUUUUAAGAUAUGCACACAAUUUCAUUUAAAUAUCACUAUGGUCUUAAGGCUGUAAAAUGGAAUUUAAUUUAUGAGGCCCUUUACACUGAGCUGUAUUUAAAGAUUGUUGUGUCCCCUUAUAGAUGACGUGUACAUAUUAUUCUUGUUGCCAAAUACGUUUUUGAAUUAUGCAUGUUUCCAAUGGAUGCUGUAAUAUAGAUGAAGAGAUUAACUUUCUGCCAUUAGAUUGCUGUUACAAUAGAAGGUUGUUGUUCUAUAUUUAUUUGUAGAUAGAGACUAUUGUUUUUAUUACAUAUAUAUGUUUUUUUUAGUAUACAUAUUGUGAUACAGCUUUUUAAGGUGUCUGUAAUAUAUAAAGAUGUAAAAAAACAUGUACUAAGGCUUUAUUUCCCUGAAUAUUUUUAUGGUCACAUAAAACAUAUAUUAUAAAAUUAUUAGGAUACAGUUUUAAUUUUAAAUUGUUAUUGUCAAAGCAUGGUGUGAUUAAACAAAAGGAUAAAGGUAUUACCAUUUAAUAAAAAGUUUCAGGAUGUUUGAUAAAUGAACAUAGUUUAAAGAAUGUAUAUAACAGUAGGAUCACAUUUUUGGCAUAAUGUUAAUUUGUACUUUACCAUUAUAAUUGUAAUUAGUCUUUGUUGACUUUGUACACAUUUUGUAUACUCUCAUGAAGCAAUAUUUGUAUGCUUUAAAUUUGAUCUGUGUUCAGCCAAAAUGAUUCUUAUGCCACAUGCAGCCAUCAUAGCGGGAAACCAGUCUGCAGUGACAUAGUCUGGUCAGGAGCUAUGCCAUCCACUAUAAAGUCACACGUGGUUUGGCAGUCUCAUUAACUAGACGCAUUUUUCAUAAGACCCAUUUUGCAUGACACGACUUAUUUAAUAAUAUUAGUAAUUUUACAGGAACUUAUGUAUUGCAAUUUAGUCUUGUAACCAUACAUGUAACAGAUGCCUCUAUAUUUUUUACAAGUUUAAUAUAAUUGAUUGCCUUUAAUACUGCAUUUUAACUUUUAUGGAUAUACUCUACUUGUUUAAUGUUCAAGACAGGUUUGCGUACACAAUAAAUUGUGGAAGCCA